AUGGAUUUGAAUAUUCCCACUGAGGACGCGGACAUCGCGAGCCAUUACCACGCGUUGAAAUACCAUCUGUUCGAGCUUGGGUAUCCCGAGACAGUGGAUCGCACCCGCGCCCCUCGGGCCGCCAAGGACGCGCCCAGAGAGAAGGCGGUGGUGGCCGUGCUACAUCGGACUGGGAAAACCACGUCGAUAUGCCUCGAAGGUGGUCGUCAGGCGCCGGGAACAAUGUACAUGAUCCUGUCGUCGUCGUGGCUCUCCAAGGUCCCCUUUAGUAUCCAACGGGGCCUCUACACCUUAUUCGUUUACAAGGCCGUCACGUUUCACGCCGGCGGCGCGAAUUACCUUGACGAAUUUGAGCCGCCGAGUUCCUAUUUCCUCCAUGACGUCGUCAAUGACCGGCUCUGGUCACGAAGUGUCCUGUAUUCCGUUGGCAUAGCAACGCCCGAGACGCUCGCGUUCUGUUACAAACCGAAACACAGUCUGGUUGCUGUGCCUGCUAAUGCGUCAUCCACGAGCUCAAACUACGAUCUUGUGGAGGCUUACAUUAACCAUCUGAUCGCCGGAAAAACCGAGGACGCGAAGAACCUGUGGGUCGCGCCCAGCGCGGAUUUUGGCGUAAAAUGUCGAGCGAUCGUCUGCAGAGAUUUUGACAACACACCCGUCUGCACGCCGCCGAUCUGCAGCAUGUUUAACAAACACAUCGAUAUCAGAGGUGCUGACACGGUACCAAUGCCCCUCGAAACCGUGCUGAAAACGUUGAACAUUGUCAACGAAACGUGUAUCUGGGAUUUCCAGACUAAUCUGCGCGCGCACGCAGAGACGGCGCUUCAGUCAAUCAUGGACCGCGAGAGCAUCGACUACGUGCUUACGGAGUGUAACGGCAAAGUGACGGCUGUAGCGGUGAAUAUUGACACGCACACGUACAUCGAUGACGCUGCACUGGUCAUGGUGGAUCCGUCCCCAAACCACAGCAACAAGGACUUGAUGCACGUCUUUAUCCACUAUGAUGAUAAAGGCGACCACACGAGCGACAGGCACCACGCGACCGAGAUCGUAAGCCUCCUGAAGCAGCGUGACCUCCAGGUGGACGGCUGCCUUACGGUGCCAUUGGCCGUCAUGGUGCCGGAUAUCCUAUGGACGCGAGGCGCCAGCGUGGAGGGAGCCCUUAACGCUAAAAAGAAAAGUCGAACGCAGUCGACAGUGUAUAAGAAAGAUACACCAGUCUCUCACUGGGUGAAGACCUGCCAGUUUUCCUCGCCCAGCUACCUCAUCCGGGAACCCACCGACAUCGACGUCAUCUGCAACCAGGUGAGCUACCCACUCAUGCUGAAGCUAGAGCACGGAAACAGCGCCAUCGGCGCGACGCUCGUGACGAGCGCCGAGGAGUUAAGGAAGCAAAAUCGCGCCACCAUCGACUGCUUCCGGACGGAGGCCGAACACCCUGGAUGUGGACUGGGGUUCGGGGCGGACACGCUCGUAAUGAAGUACUACGGGGGCACAGAGCAUGACGUAGAUGUGGUCGUCUACGGGAACAAGCUCGUGGGGGCGUUCAUUUCCGACAACGGACCCACUAACUACCCCUCUUUCAGGAAUGAAACUGCUGCCACUAUGCCGUCUGUGCUGCCGCCGGACCGCCAGGCACAGCUGAUUGUGGCUGCAUUCAAGUUCUGCGUAGACAUCGGAACAAUAAAGGCCCAAGAAUACUGCCCUGUGGGACACUGCACACAACCGACCGGAAGUCUGACCUUGCAUCAUUUACGUGAACAGACUGAGUCCUAUCAGACAAAUAUGAGCGGAACCACUCAACCGACUCCACGCCCAUCUCCAGGAGCUUUCGACAAAUGA